UUUAAACCUCUCCCAAGCCCAUACUCAGAAUCAUCAGACAAUUCUUCCUCAAUCCCAACUCAACCUCAUCUCAACCAAAACCAUCACCAUGAAAUUCGCCCAUUCCUUCCUCUUUGCUCUAGCAAGCAUCCACUCUGCCUUUGCAAACAAGGUCACCUGCAAAGCUGAUUCAGAAUUGCUCAAUGGCGCCAUCGGACAGGUCUACUCCCCGGAACUCGUUGUCGUUUCAACACCAGCCAGCGACGUUCGGGUUGCUCAUGAAGAUGACGUUCUCACUGCUGACGUUCAUGAAGAAAGAUUGACUAUUAUCACGGAUGACAGUAACCAUAUUUUGAAUGUCGGGUGCUAUUAAUCUGUAUCAUUGCUGUGGGAUCGAUUGAAGGGUGCAUGGAUAUAUAUUGAUGUAGUAGAUAAACCCAUAGCCCCCUGGUACUAGGACAUGCUUUGUAUACUCAGAUUGAAAAUUUACUCUAUGCUUUAACUCAAGGCUACUCUGUGUAGU